UACAGACAGACCGUCGAGGAGGUUGUUGAGUUGUUGGAAUGGCCUGCUGGGUUUGCGAAUUGUGCUGGUUGAAUGUCGAGUAUUGGGUACAGUAAAUACGUGUUACAAUGUAAAUAAGUAGCACGUCAACAAUAAACAGUCAUCUCCGAACGGGAUCUUGCGAGUAAUAUAACAGAUCUAUGCAUUUAAAUUUGGGGUGAAUAGAGGAUUUCAGGCUCCUAAAUGCCCGAGGGAUCACAGUUAAAAUUAUCUCCAGCCUCCUGCAGCUAGCUGUUCCUAGUUUAUAUACAGCAAUGCAACUGUACUUUCCAGAAUGCCAUGCCAUGCCAUAAAUCUAUAUUCAAGAAUGAGUCAGUGGGAAGCCCUAAAACAACUUGACACAAAGUACUUGGAGCGCGUGGAUGAUCUGUACCAGAAUGAAACCUUUCCUAUGGAUGUUCGGGAAUACCUUGCUCAUUGGAUUGAAGCUCAAGACUGGGAGAAGGCUAUAACAAAUUAUUCACUGGCUACUAUCCAUUACCAAAAUCUGUUGGAUCAAAUCAACAAUCAGUACAGCCGCUUUAUGCAGGAGAAGAAGUUUGUAUGCCAGCACAACUUCAAGAAAUAUAGGCAAAAUAUGCAGGAAUGUUAUGGAGAGGACCCUGUUCUGUUGGCAAAGGUUGUCGCUGCUCGACUGAAGCAGGAGAAGAUGAUACUAAACGCUGUUGUAGAGGAUCAGCAGACUGUCUCGGAUGCAAUUCAACCUGUGGACUUUGAAAGACACCAAGACAUUGAACAGAAAAUUACUGUCUUGAGAAGUGAUGUGCAAACAUGUGAGCAGGAGUUGAAGUUCCUAGAAGAACAACAAGAUGAAUUUGAUUUCAAAUACAAGACUUUCAAGUGUCAAGAAUCGCGUAAUUCCCCUCAGGUACAGGAAGAAAUGAAAGUGCUACAGGACAUGCUAAAUGCUCUGGAUAAUGAUAGGAAAAAUGUCAUUGAUAAAUUCCGUGAGCUUUUAGUGGAAGCUGGGAAGCUACUGGACACACUGGUGAAAGAACAGUUGGCAGACUGGAAGAGGCGCCAACAGAAGGCCUGCAUUGGUGCUCCUGUGGACGUUUGCUUGGAUCAACUGGAGAACUGGUUUACUGCCAGUGCACUGUGUUUAUUCCAAGUGAAAAGGUUGCUGAAGAAACUGGAGGAGCUGGGAAUUAAACUGACCUAUGAUAAAGAUCCUCUUAAAACACAAAGACCUGCUUUAGAGAAACAAACUGUGACUCUGCUAACCUGCCUCAUAAAAAGUGCAUUUGUUGUGGAGAAUCAACCUUGUAUGCCUGUUCAGAGUAAGAUGCCUCUGGUGUUGAGAACAAGCUCACAGUUCUCUGUUAAGCCGCGACUUUUAGUGAAACUGCCAGACUUAGCAAAUCAUAUUAUGAAAGUGAAGGUUUGCAUUGAUAAGAAUUCACCAAAUGGGAAAGGGUAUCGCAAAUUCAAUAUACUUGGCACAACCACAAAAGCAAUGAACAUGAUGGAUUCCAGAUUUGGGGGCUUAUGUGCUGACUUCAGACAUUUGCAACUAAAGGAGCAGAAGUCUGUAAUUGGAGGAAAAGGAAGUAACGAGGCUUCUCUCAUCGUGACUGAGGAGCUCCAUCUUAUUAGUUUUGAGACUGAGCUGCUUUACCAAGAGCUUGACCUCGUUCUUGAGACUUGCACUUUACCUGUUGUUAUCAUCUCAAAUGCCAGUCAGCUCCUUAGUGGCUGGGCUUCAGUGGUUUGGUACAACAUGCUCUGCAAUGAUCCAAAGAAUUUAAUGUUCUUUUCCAACCCUCCCUUGGCACCAUGGAGCCAGCUGUCAGAGGCACUAAGUUGGCAGUUUUCUUCAAACACCAAAAGGCAGCUGGAUGCUGAGCAGCUCAGCAUGUUGGCAGAAAAGUUAUUUGGGCCUCAAUCGAACUAUGCAGAUUGUUCCAUUACGUGGGCCAAGUUUUCCAAGGAGAAUUUACCAGAUCAGAGCUUUUCCUUCUGGCUCUGGUUGCAAGGCAUCCUAGAGCUCAUUAAGAAAUACCUGGAGGAUAUCUGGAAUGACGGGAACAUUAUUGGAUUUUUGAGCAAGAAGAAAGAACGCAGUUUGUUGAAAAGGAAGCCAACUGGGACUUUUCUGCUUCGCUUCAGUGAGAGCUGCAAGGAUGGUGGCAUUACUUUCUCAUGGGUGGAACAUUUAACAAAUGGGGAAUACAAAAUCCGAUCAGUGGAACCAUACACCAAGACUCACCUGACCAACAUUCCUCUUUCGGAAAUCCUUCGCUUCUACAAAGUGAUGGCAGAUGAGAAUGUCCCUGAACAUCCUCUGCUGUAUCUGUACCCAAAUAUUCCGAAGGAUGAGGCAUUUGGAAAAUAUUAUUUAGACUCUGAAGCAGGUUUUCAAAACAACAAAUACUUGAAAACCAGAUUAAUCGUGGUAUCAGAAAGACCAUCUUCUGAUUUACCUGUUGAAGGGCUCAUGGAUGAAUGUCAUCUGGAUGACAUUGAAUUAUCAGAAUCUAUGAAGUUGGACCAUAUUCCUAUGAAAGCUCUACAAGAUUUAAUGGAAUUUCUGGAGUCAGAUUCGAUGACUUAGAAUAAAUGGUGAAAUUACACAUGUGAGGGAUCUUCUCUCUCAACUACAAAGUAAAUUGUCAAUGCCAUAACUUCUAGGAUGUGGACUUCAUUCCAUCUUCAUAACUCUGCACUUCAUAGGAUUACCUUUUCAUAGUGUUUUUAAUUCUGAGAUUGAGCUGUCACUGUAAACAGCUAAAAUGUUAUUUUGUUAAAAUGCAAUCUUGUGUGUAUGUUUAAAAAUAACAAACCAAUGCUGAAGGAACAUGUAACAUUGUUUUGUAACAGUAUCAGUGAGCCAUCUCAUUUCCACUCCAAUUUAUGUAUGAAAUUGAAGGAGAAAUGUAAGUGGUGUUUUCUAGAGCGGUGUAGUCCCAAUGAAUCUUGUUUUCUGCUUAUCUGAUCAGGAGAAAACGUAUUAGAGCCAUGGUCCAUUCUGUCUGUCCCCAUGUUGGAGAUGCUGUGGCAUAUAAAUGCAUGUAAAACAAUCUCCUGCUGAGACAGGAAGAGAACAGGCCACCAUUGUCUUCUCCUACCCCAAACCUAUAACAACACUAACCUCACUAUUGUUGCUUUUACCUUGCCUAUAUCAUUAAGUAGCCCUGGCAGGAUCACAAAUCAUCAAUGCUUCCUUCUGAUUUGUGAAAUAUUCUUGUAGCUGUGGAAUAUGUUUGAAACGAAGAAGUUUUAGGAUCUAGCAGAGAAAGUAACAUCCAAUAAGCCAGUCUUCAAAGCAGGACUGGCUUAUUGGAUGUUACUUUCUCUGCUAGAGGACCUGGAUAACCAGUUUGGCUGUACUUUGACUUUUUGCCCUCUUUGCUGUUGAGUGCUGCAAGAAUUAGGAAAGCGAUCUUUCUUUUGUUCACCCAAAUGAUUGUUGUGGAGUUCUUGAAUCCUGUUCUCAAUGAUCAGAAUUUCACAAAAAUAAUCGUGGCUUAACUUAAAUGAGUGAGGGAGGAUUAUGUGCCAAAUUUCUUGAGAAGAAGUUGUAGGCAUUAUUUAAGGAUAUAAUCUCCAUAGAAGCCUGUAAAAUUAUAGCUGGAUUAGACAAGGUAGAUGAAGAAGGAUAUUCUCGAUGUUGGGGGCGAGUCCAAAACCAGGGAUCACAGUCUAACAUUAUGGAGCAUUUAAGGACUAACAUGAAUAGAAAUGGCUUUACACAGAGUUGAGGGAGGUGGGAGGGGUGAGUGGAGCCUCCUGGAGUUCUGCCACAAAAAGUGCUCAAGGCCAAAGCAUUGAAUGUUCCCAAGAAGGAGUUAGAUAUUCAUUCUUAAGGCUAAAGGGAUCAAAGGGUAUGGGGAGAAAGCAGGAACAGGGAACUGAGUUAGAUAAUCUGUUUCUGUGCUUAUGAUAACGGUGCUCCAUUGUUUGAUGGAAGUCAGAAGUUCACUUGAAAUUUUGGUAGUAGUGAUUUAGUGAGAAUUUCAAAGGUAUAAAUGAAGAUUAUUGGACCAGAAAUGAAAUAGUUGUUGUAAUGUUUCACACCCUGCAUAUUUUAUACAGUGCCAGUUAAGGAACUAACUCCUCUGUUCCUCCGUGUAUAUUCUCCACACCAGGCUUGUCCAGCCUCCUUGCAUUCCCUAAAAUGAAGACUAAUUUCUGGCCUUCUCAGCACCAAAUUAAUCCAGUGAAUUAUCUGAUAUUACCUUCUACUUGCACAAGAAACCAUUACUGCAGCAAUGCUGAGUAUUCUACAGAUGCCCGUCUCCUCCUUUGUCCAUAUUUGCAGAUGAUGGACCACGUUUUUGUUUUUAUUUUUAUUUCCUCAUUCAUGGGGACAAAUGUGCAAGCUUUAGGAAGGAAGAGAAAAUGUCAGAUAUUUGGAAAUUUUAUCUUGCUAUCGAUUUUUCAAGCCUCCAUAUUUGAACCAACUGAAAAUUGGUCUACCAAUUUAUCACCUGCCUAACUCCAAAUUGAAUACCUAAUUCAAGAAGAUAUCUGGCAUUGUCUUUGCCUGCACAAGACGUUAAUGUCUGCCCAUCCACUUCAUGUAGCAAUAUGGAGUAUUCCAGAUUGUUGCCUGUCUGUCAGAAGUGACCUUUGAUUUUUUUGAUUUGAUGCUUUUCAUUCUUGAGAAAACCUGUUGGCAGUGAAAUGUGCUGCCAACCAGUGUAAUGAAUUGGAGGGCGUGGUUCAAUAGAUUUGGGUAAGAUUUUGUGGGAACAUAAUGACUAAAAUGACCUAAAGGCACAUUCUACAACCACUUUCUCCAGGUCACUCAUUUUACAGGUUAAGUUUCAUGUGGAACAUGUUAUGGGUUUCAGCGGCAUCCAUUCCAAAUGGGUCUGCAAACUACUUCAGCUCAUCGCUCUGCUCCCUGAAAUCGGCAAAUCUGCACUGAGCUUCUUCCAAGCUGCCAAUAAGUGCAGCCUAAUUCUCAUUCAUUGUGAUGAAGGACGUUGUCCAUUUAGUCAAUGUUUCUGAAGCAAUCCUAACCUCUGGGGGAACAUUUGGGCAUGUUCAUACAGUUUUUUGAUAAUUUGAUCCUUCCCUUUCAUUUCAAAUUCAAGACUGAAAGCAAGUUGCUUUCAGUCAGGAAUUCCAAGUCAUUCAGCCACUCAUCUGUUGGGAAGCUCAUACCUUCUGCUUUGUUUGCUAUGAAGGUUUUUAUCUCCCCUUACGGUGCCCAGAAUCUGCACUUUGUUGAAAUGUUUUGCCUCAAUGUUGUGCCUCUCUUUGGACGUAAGUCAAGCAGUUCCUCAAAGUCUUCCAAUGUUUUAUGACUACUCAAAUAAAAGAUUACCUCCUGAACUGCAUCGAAUCUGUGGUAUCCUCGGGCUCUAAACUGUUGGACAGUGAAUUUAGUGAUCGGAGAAUGUAGCAUGUUCAAUGCAAGGUUCUCCACUCUUCUUGCAAUAGUUUGAUGUGAAAGGCAAGUUUUCUCAGGGUGUGCCACACAUGUAAAUACAUCCUGUCUAUUCAAAAUUCUCCCAUCAGACAUAGGCUUCCCAAAUUAUAUUUUCUUAAUAGCCAAAGCAGUAGCAACUGGCCUUUAUUUACAAUUUCAUUUACAGUUCUAAAGAAUGAUUGGUCGAUCAAUAUUGUGUUUUUGUUUGCUUGCUCGCUUGAUUCCCACCUGACUUUUGAGGUUGUCAAACGUGCCAGCAUGUUCUGCACAAUGAUACCACUUUGUUUUAUUCCUAAAAAGACAGCUAUUCCUCCAGACACAUGGCCCUGUUGUAGUUAAGAACACAAAAGAUAUUGAUCCACUGCCAUCAUUGUUAAUUGUUUUGCCAGAGACACGGGGUGGGGGGUCAACAUCUUUGUAUUCCCAUGGGUAAUAAACAGAUAAUUUCCAAUCCUGUUGCAAGAAUGUUGUUUAAUUGAAUUGCUCCUUCUGAAAUCUAAGUGAAUAAGCCCAAGGAGAGAAGCUGCCUGCGAGGCUCAGGAGAGGUACAAUAUCAGAGUUUCUUGUACUUAUUGCUGCCACCGUAGCUAUAAACGGCCAGCUGAGCUGCAUUCUUGCUGCCUUUCUCUCCUGAUGGAGUUGAACCUGUUCCCCACCCCCAAAAUAGCAACCUUUUCUCAGGCAGUGGCCACCUCUCAACUCUGCAGUCAAGUUCAACAGUGAGGCCUCUGCUUGCUCCUACUGAACUUCUCCUGGUUACACAGAGAGGCAUGGGGUCUCGGGUUUCUGUUUUCUCUCUCAUCCCCGUCGUCACCGCCACCACCACCACUGCAAAAAUAAAAUCCGCCGCCCAAUGUUUCUCCUGUGUCAGGAAUGCAGUUUCAUGGGCUGCAACUUCUCAUGAGUCAGAGUUCUCCCUUUUGCUGUGCCACUCCCUUGUUUACUCACUGCACAACUCCAGUGCUAUGAAAAUUCAAAAUGCUAAUUUCUACAUACAUUUCCACUUUUUUCUCCUCAUCCAGUCAGAGGGUCCAUAUCAUCAGUGUUUUUAGUUUCUGAUUGAGUCUAUUGGCAGGGAGAAAACCGGCUCUGACUGACUGAGCAAGCAGCUUUCACAUUUCUCAAAAUUAAUGUUGCCCAAUCACAUAACAGCCAGAGGACUGCCUGUUGACCAGGGCUACUCUACACCAUGACAUAGAUUCCAGAUAGGACGUGCACAGAAUAUCAGCUGGAUAAAACUGGUACUUAAUUUACAAAAACUUCAAGAUAUCAGGAGCUUGCUGUGACACAGUGAGGAAACGGAUAUAUAGUUGCCAUAAUAUCAGACUGCAGUAUACUGAAAUAUGUUUUUGAAGUUUGGUUUACUCUGGUUUGUAUUUUCACUCUUCACUUUGCACUUAUCCGCAAUAUAUGUUGUACAGGUCAAAGUGACGGUACCCAAGUAAACAUGGUAAUUCAGGCUCAUAGCAGAUGUAAGUUCCCACUGUGGUCACUAUUCUGUCAACCUUCCCUAACUAGCCUUUAUGUGAGUCAUCUGGGAAGGAAUGGUGGGUGGAAUAACAUUCAGGACUGUCUUCCCCACCCCUCCAGCAAAAUACUGGAGAAUUAAUUGUUAGAACUGGAGUGUUUACACCUGUUAUACUUUAAAACCACUACUGUGCAUGCAAGUUGUUGAGGUGGUGGUCGUGGGGGCUCUCGUGGUACAGUGGUAGUGUCCAGGCAACCCAGGUUCAAGUUCCCACUUGCUCCAGAGAUGUGUAUUAACAACUUUUGAACUGGUUGAUGUAGAAAGUAUCUGUGUACAAAAUGUCUUAACAGUUUUCAGCAACCUGGAAGAAGCCUGGCUUUCUGCAGAUAUCUCUCAGCACCUCUUGGCACGUAUGUGCUGUUAACUGACUGACUGCGACCAAGCUCUAUCUACAUUUUACUCCCACAGGAACAAAAGUAAUGUCAUUAACUAUUUUUAUGCAUUUCUUUUUGUCAGGUUUGUCAGUUCAGUUUAUCGUUGCUUCUGUAACUUCCAUUCUUUGAUCAAUAAAUGAUGUAAAACAA